GUAAAAUUAAGUAUUUAUCUAUCAUCGACAUCACUUAGUAGAGUACCUAGCUAUACUUAGUGUACUAACACGUAGUUAGGUCCCACCGUCACCUCUACAACUACCUACAAUACAACGAGAUGGCCAUUCCAUGACACCGAUAUUCAUCCCUUGUUAGCUUGGGCACGUGGGCCAACGGAUAUGAACACGAAGUCGACAGCGUUCAAUCCCUCACUAUAGUUUCGCUUCGCUUUUCUUUCGUUCCUUACGUUCCUGUGACUGACGAGGAGUAUCCCUCAUUCGUGGCCCACAUGCUCAAACGGCAUCGACUCUCAUUCCCACCUCGUCACCUUGUGUUCUUCCGCGCAGCCUAAGACCACCACACUUCGCAUAGUCUCACCCAUGCACCACCUACACCGCGUCGCCUUUGUCGUCGCUACCUUUCUUAUUAUCGUCCUUCUCUUGACAGAACUGCCGCGUGCUCUCAACCCGGUCCCGCCCAGCAAGGAGAAGGCUGACGCCGAUCAGCGAUGGGUCAACACGUCGCCUUACUGGCUUGAUCGCCAGGCAUGUCGCUGGCUGAGUAUAUGUGGACUCAUGCACCUCAAACCAGAUCCACCUGAAAGAGUCGGGUCUGCUAAAGAAGAUGCGUGCGCAAAUGCGGGUGCUAUGAGGCGUCAAUCUGUAUCCUCUGCUCCCCGCGCGGAUGUUAGAAUUCACAUGAGUAACGAGACGAAAGAGUUAAGGGGGGUACCAGACUAUGUGCUCAAUUACGCGCCGCUAGUUCAUCUUUACUCGGGGGAACACUUUUGGCCCUCCGAUAUAGAAGAUCAUAUUAGGCAUGUAACGCCAUAUGCCGAUGGCAUGCUGCUCAAUCGAACAGAAGCCGUGAAUCUAGCAACCUUGAACCAGUUGGACAUGCAUCCCGGGGUUACGUUUCUUACGAGCAACGAUAAUGUUGAGUGCCGCCCACCAUGGCUUCACAGUGCAGCGAACAUCCCUGUCCCCUUCGAGCACGGAACUGAUGACUACGAUGUCGAUAUUGGAACCUCGGAAAGAAGACCGCUUCAUGAAUACUCAACUUGGUUUGACGUCGAUAAAGAACAUCCAUUGCACCGUCUUUCGUAUCCGGGCGAACAGCCCGAUCGUGGAGCACGUAUUCCGCCAUUUUCACGUCAAUCAUAUGCUUCACGAUCUCGUGAACGACACCGGAUUGCGACUCGGGACACACAGAAUAAACCUAACGAAGAGGGUUACUCCCGAGCACCAGCAACCCUCAUUUUAGUAGACAAAGGGUCGGGUGUUGUUGAUGCAUUUUGGUUCUUUUUCUACUCAUAUAACCUGGGACAGACUGUCCUUGGUACUCGGUAUGGAAACCACGUGGGGGAUUGGGAACAUGCAAUGGUUCGGUUUAUGGCAGGUGAGCCUCGUGCUAUAUACUUCAGUGAGCAUGAGGGAGGCCAAGCGUAUGCCUGGCAAGCUGUGGAGAAGCGUGGAAACGCAACAGAAAUUCAACGGCCGGUCAUUUACAGCGCUGUCGGCAGCCAUGCUAUGUACGCCAUGCCCGGAAAUCAUCCUUAUGUCCUACCAUUUCAGAUGCUGAAAGAUGUGACGGAUCGUGGACCGCUCUGGGAUCCAUCUAAGAACUUCAGGAGUUACUGGUAUGACUAUUCAGCUAUGGAAGGAGAAGGGUUAGAACCAACGAAAGAGAACCCCGAUGCUCCCACAGGUUGGUUCCAUUUCAACGGCCGAUGGGGCGACCAGAUGUAUGGUCUUGAUGACAGGCGCCAGUGGAGGCUCUUCGGCCAGUACCAUUAUGUGACCGGUCCCCAGGGACCCAAGUUUAAGAAUCUGGGAAGGCGGGAAAUGUGUCUGAAUUCAAGGUGUCGAAUAUUACAUUCCAUUGCUGAGGGUAUGAAGGGAAGUUGGUUUUCAUAGAAGCAUUGAUUUUAUCGGCGUACGAGAAUAGAGCAGGCAGGCAAGAUACCCAAUAACAUGAUGCAUUGAGAUCGGCGGCGCCGAACGAUUUUUAUACCUUCUGGAAGAAUAGAUCGCAUGACAUGGUCCUGAACCAUGGUACCGAUACCCUGGAACUGGCACACUCCAGGCCGCAAUGAUGUUG